AUGUCGGGAGCCAGUAGUGACCAGCUGCACAGAUCCACUCUAACUGUCUAUACGAACCUGAUGGAGCACUUCAAUCCGGGCCUCCAGAAGCUUGUUGCUCUGGGAAACAGCUAUAUCAAAGCUUUUCAAGCCUUAGCUGUCUGCAGUGAGGCCUACUUCAGCGCUGUGGCUAAGAUGGGUGACCAGGCUCUGCACACACUCUCAUCUCGCUCUCUUGGGGACGUCCUGGUCCAGAUUUCAGACACACAGCGGAGACUCACUGCAGAGAUGGAGGGUGUGUUCCGAUGGUUCCAGGUGGAGGUGCUGCAAGCCAUGGAGAAGAAUGUGAAGCUGGACGAGGAAUACAUCAACGGAAGUCGCAGAGUGUACGAGCUGGAGGUGAGGAACCAGGCCGAGGCGCUGGAGAAGCAGCUCAGACGAGGAGCUUUCAGGGACUCUCUGGAGAACAGCGAGUACAUGGUGUACCUGAGGCAGAGCCAGCAGGAGAUCCUGAAGGAGGAGGAGAGGAGGUAUCGCUUCCUGGCAGAGAAACACUGUGGCCUCACUCAGUCGCUUCUCUUCCUCAUAAACAAGACCGGUGGAUCUCUUCAGCAAAAGGCCGACGGCUGGAAGGAGAAAGUGAACGAGACCAGAGGGUCCAGACCUCGCACGCCCACACACGUAGAACAAGAGGCACAGCUCCGAGGCUCAGUGAGCUCCCUGCUGCAGACUGUUGCCAGAGAUGAAGACAUGUCGUGGGCCAGGAGGGAGCAACAGGCGCUGGGCAGAGUGCCCUCUAGAGCACCGUCACCUCUGCCCAGCCGCUCCCGCUCCAGCUCAGUGGGUGAGUCUCUGGGUCUCGGGGGAGGCAGAUCCAUGAGAGCCCUGGUGUCUCACCCGUCCUCGUCCAACCCCAAGCUCCUGCCUUUCAACCGAGGGGAGGCCGUCACCGUCCUGGUGCAGGAGCCACGUAACGGCUGGUUGUACGGACGCACCGACAGCAGCCUGCGUCAGGGCUGGUUUCCUGCUGCCUAUGUGGCGCCCGUUGAAGAUUUCUCCGACACUUUAGCGACAAGCGCUGGUUCCCUGAGAAGCAGCAGUAUGAACAAUCUGCUGGAUCCAACCGACACCUACCCGGAGCAACCGGAGAGCAAGAGCUACGGCGAUGUCCCGCCCCCGGCCACGCCCAACCGCAGAGCUUCCGUAGACUCCCGGGCGAUCUCUCCCCUCCCCGAGAAGAAGGCGGAGCCAGCGGCGGAGAAGAGGCUGGGUCAAACGAAGAGCUACAACGAACACCCGCCUCCUCAGCCUCCGCCGAGUCAGAACCUGAGGAGGAGCUCUGUCGAUUUUCACCCGAUCUCCCCCCUCCCCGAGAGGAGGAGUGAAUCUGAUGUCCAGGGCUUAUCACCCCAGGGACCUGACAACCCUCUGUUUCCAAGAGGCACAAACCCGUUCGCCACAGUGAAGCUUCGCCCCACGACGACCAAUGACAGAUCUUCUCCUCGGAUGCACUGACCCGGUUGGGUUUGUAACUGACGCUGCCGGAUCGGGUUGUGGAGGCAGGACGUGCAUUUUGUGUUGUUUCUGUGUAAAGUCGUCUCAUCUGAAACGUGAAGGAGUCGGAGUCAGAAGAGCUGAGGAAGAGUCGCUGAGUUUCUUGUCCGGUAUUAGAUAAGAUGAGGUGUUGUGACUGUAGUAAAUCUUUAUGGUUAGAUAUCAAAAUCAUAAAGUUAU